AUGGUGGAAAACUCCCAAGUGUUAUUCGCUCGUUUGUGCGUUGAGCUUUUUCACGAGCUUCCUCCUCUACCAUCAGAUGAAUCUCACGGCCAGAUUACAACUUUUGAGAGACUGUUUUUGCGCAAAUGCAAAACCGAGCUUGAAAACUCAUCCCCCAUAACUGAUGAACAACUACCAUUGGUUUAUGUCCAUGAAUCAAACUAUUAUAGAUUCAUCAAAACCGUUAGGGUUCUGGCUGAGGUUUUCAAGAAUACCAAGAUCACUGAAACCACACGGAAAAACAUUAUUCAGGUGCUGAUGAAUCCCAUCUUGCCACUUGAGAGGAACACCGAUGCUAUUCAUUUGUUUCUCUACUCCAUUGGCAAACUAGCUGACUUCCAGUUUUCUAAUGAAAAUUCAAAUUUCAAUCAGCUAGUUCAAAGUUUUCGGGCUGUAGAGUUGGAGAGCAAUUACAAUGAUGAAGUCAAGCUUAGGAAAGAGGCUGAAGUUGCAUUUGCUAGGAAAAAGGAAGAAGUGGAGAUGAUGGAACGUUUACUUGAGUCUUACAAGGAAGAACAAGGUAAACUGCAACUUGAAGCGCAAGCCUUGGAGCACAAGCUUGACGCAGAGUUGCAGCUUAGGAGACAAACAGAAACCUUGCUUGUCAGAGAACAGGAGAGGAUUAACAAGGUAAAGGUUCAGCUGGAAACUCUUGUAAAUGAACGUGAUGGUAUGCGUUUGAAGGCUGAGGAGUUCGAGAGCAAGUACAAGGGAGAGAUGAUUCUCAGGAUAGAAUCAGAGACUACGCUGGAGGAAGAAAUGAAAGAGAUGGAAGGACUGAAGCUACAGCUUGAAACCUAUAAAACAGAGGAAGAGAACCAAACUUCACAGGUCAGAGCUUGGCAGGACAAGUACGAUCAAGGGUCGACUCUUAGGAAAGAAACAGAGGUUGCACUUUCUAAUGAAAAGCUAAAGCUUGAGACAGUCAACGAACUAUUCGAAACCAUCAACUUAGAAGCAGUUGCUAUACGAGAAGAGAAGGACAAUUCUAUCAAAAGAGCACAAGAGCUAAUGGCAAAACGUCAACCUCCACCAUCAUUUUACUGCCCUAUCACACAAGAGGUCAUGAAAGAUCCCCACUUGGCUGCUGAUGGAUUCACAUACGAAGUAGAAGCAAUUCAAAAAUGGCUUAGUACAGGCCACCGGACGUCGCUCAUGACAAAUCUCAUACUUGAACAUCUCAAUCUUGUCCCUAACCGUGCUCUUCGCACUGCGAUUGAGGAGUUGAAUUAG